AUAGAUGGCGUUUAUUUGUUUUUGGUCUUUUUCUUUUCGACAAUAGCGGGCAGAUAGAAGCAAAGAAAAGAAACAAAUUAACACAAAUCAUGGAUGCUGACGGUACAAAAGAAGAGAGUGAAUCUAGUGACAAUCGCGAUCCCAAUAAUGAGCAGAGUGAAGGAGCGAUCGGUGGAUUUCUGCAACCAUCAGCCAGUGCUUCCACAGGUGCAAGGGAAGACAACCCAUUCUCAUUUAGGCAUUUUUUAAGACGUUCUCAGAAUACUGGUCCAUGCCCCCAGCCUGAUCAACACAGAAUGUCAGAAGAAGAGUUUGAAGCCACCCGGUGUGGAGGGGCAAGACCAAAGACCAAAACAAGAACUUCAAGACAUGGAGUUGAGAGUGAUGUAAAAAGCCCCUGUGGACUUCCAGACUUUGUUCAAGACUAUCUGGGGGUUGAACAUGAUUUAAACUCAGCUAGCUAUUUAAAUGGAUAUCAUGUUCCAGAUCAGGGUUUUGGAAAUAACUCAAUUUCAUCUGACAGUCCCCUAGAUCUCCCAAGGAGCCACAGUCCUAUACAUGCAGCUGGAGCAAUGCCAAUACCUUUGGACAUAGCAAACUUUGCCUCCCCCCAUAUAGAGGAUGAUGUUGAGCAAUUGGGUACAUUAGAUUUAGCGAAUUUGAAUUCCUCUAUUAUUCUUAACGAUGUACAACCUCAUGAGGAACCAGCCCUUCCUGACGCAGCGCAGGCCCAUGAAAUUAACAACAAUGAAAACGUAAACAGCCUGACUCAACUCCCUGAUUUUCUUUCCGAUGGCCCUAUGCAAUCUGGUCGAAUGAAUCAGGAAUCGAUAGAAGCCUCAUCCGGAAAUCAAGUUACGCCUCACAACAGCACCAUACUAGAAGAAAAUGCACGAUUGCGACAGCAACUAGAAAUGGCUAUUACAAAUGAACGGAUGGCUCUCGCUCGGAUUGACCGACUAGAAACACUUCUAGAAGAGCAUCGACGGAGAGAAUCAGAAGAAGCUUCGUCCCUGGAGCGGUCGAUGGAACAGAUCGAGUCCAAUUUGAAGAUUGCUACGCAACGUGCCACGCAAUCGGAAAGCCAAGUUGUCCAGCUGAAGAAAGAAAACCGACGACUUCAGGACGAAGUGAAGAGUCUGCAAGAAGCUAUCCGCCUACAGUACAAUGAAGAAACUAGUUCAAGUCAAUCCCGAAGCCUGAGCCACACUGCACAAGAACUCCAAACAGCUGCCAACAGUGCUGAAAGGUCCAUCAGAGAUCUUUUAGCGGGUGUAGACCAUCUGCGUGUGGUGGCAGCGGCACUACAAAGCAUGGAACGUAUCGAAGAAGUACGAACAAAACGCGAAAGGGACAAAUAAAAGAACUUUUUAAAGCCAUUAUUAAACGAAAAUGAUCUCGCAUAAUCGUUUUUCUCCUACGCUGGUAUUAUUUCGACUCUCCUUGAUACCAGGGAUAUUCCGCCCGCAGGAUAUGACGAGCAAACUAUUUGCAUCGUAUCUGCCUAUCGCCUACUUUGAUUUGUUAUUUUGUACUUUAAUAACAUCCGCAUUACAUGAAAAUUUGGCACACGCACAUGCGCGAAAAUAUAUAUUAUAUUCCAUUC